GCUCUGUGAGCGCKGAGGAAACACCGUGUUUCUCGCGUCGUGGUCCGGCACCUGUCCGGGAGGAGACACGCUCCUCUCGAUGCUCUCCACCUGAUGUCUGUAUUUUCCACGGCUGCUGCUUGAAGAAACCCGGCGGAAGCUAUGGGAGCGUUGGGUCUGAUUUUAGGGGUUUUACAGUCCGCCGGACUUUACAUCCAACUUACCGCAGGUCUGACCGACGGAAACCAGCUGGAUAACCACGUCUCUGGAAACGCUCUCUUCACCGAGGUCCCACAUGACAUCACAACACACAGCGGCGAGGACGUGGAGAUGGCCUGCUCUUUCAGAGGGGCAGGUUUUACUUCCUACUCCCUGGAGAUUCAGUGGUGGUACAUCAAGAACCACAGGYGCUGGCACGAGUUGCCUGCACACGUCACCAACAAUGUUCAYACCCUGGAGGAGAGACCCAAAGAGGCAACAAAAAUUAGUGUGGUAAAAGUGGCCGGCAGCAACAUCUCCCACAAGCUCCGCCUCUCCAGCGUCAAACCGGCAGACGAGGGCACCUACGAGUGCCACGUUAUCGAUCACAGUGGUCCUGUGGCGCAGCAGUACCGCGUGCAGGCGUACCUCAAAGUGGAGCCGGAGAGGAGCCAGGAGUCCAGCAGAGUCCAGCUGCAGGAACCAGAACAGCGCUCACAGGGGGGUCACCCUCCCUCCCUCCUCCCUGCAGACGGGGAGCAGGGAGGUGAGGAAGAGCUCAGACUGUAGGAGGAGGCUUUUAGCCCAGCUGCAUGUUCAUGAUUUAUCUGCAAGAAAGGACUGUCAUCUCUUUGUUUUCAAGUUAUGUGUUGUCCUAAUGCUCAUGUUGGUUUGUUUCUGCUGACAUUAAAUUAUUAUUUUUUUAUCAUGGAUGCUGAUAUUCAGUGAUGCAGGUACAAUAAAAAAUACUGUUUCUUUCUCUAGUUUAUCAUAUUUAAUCUGAACAGUURAAACGUUUGCAAAGACUCAGAGAAUAAAUUGAAUUUUGUGUUAAAUUCUCAGAAGAUUUGCUUCUGAGUAAAAAACAGUGCAUUUAGUAUUCUGAACCAUGCCUUAAAUGUCACAGUACAAAUGUAUGAUUUUGUCUCAUAAAGAUGGCAAACCAAUUCUCCUUAAUCAUGUUUAUGUUGUGGACUUUUUAACGUACAUUAACAACUAAAUUAUAUGUGCAUCUUAACCAAAUAAUACAACCAAGAUUAGUUUCCUGUGUUAGUCAAGCCAAUCCUUUCUCAUCAUUCUCAGUAUUGAUGUUUGUCUCAGUUCUUAUGAAGAACCUCAUUUGUUUCUUUACUGUGUUUGAUCUUAGUGCUCUUGUUGUUUGUUAAUGUUAAAACUUGAUUGUAAGGAAACAUGCUGAAAUUUCUCUUUAUUUAAUCUGUGAUUUGUUCCUCUGUUACAUUUACUGUGUGUUGGACAAUAAAUUGCACAUUUUUGGGAGAAAAUCUAGGGUUUGGCAGCAAAGAAACUGUAUCUUAUCAGUUUUAAAGAAUGAGCACAUUUCUUGCUUUGGUUYAACUGAACAAUUUGUGGAUGUUUGUUGAAAAGAAUAAUCUCUUUGGUUUGUCUUUCUCUAAACUCUCACAUAAUUAUAUCCAUGAAAUGUUCUAAACAGUAUUUCCAUAACAAAUCAGAUGGGAGAAUUUGUUUUAACAUUUGAAAGUUGGUGUGUUGCUGCCCUCUACUGUUGACUGUAGAAGCUUUCUCCGCUACACGAAUAAGUUCAUGUUUUUAUCCAGCAGGGGGCAGCACACCUUUAUUCUCCUAAAUGAAUAGUUUUGUAAUGAGGCAAAAACACUCCAAUGGACUGAUCAGUAAAAGUGUUUUUAUUGUAUCUGCACAUAACAAAUACCACCUACAGAACACACACAAAGCUAAUAAAUGAGACAUUAGUAUUGAUGAGUAUCAUGACUUGGACUAGACAGUUUUAAUAUGCAAUUUGUAACAGCAGGAUGUUGCUGAAAUUCCUCUCAUAGGGUGUAAUUUAAAAAUAAAACAAAUAUCACAAAAACAGGGACAAAAAGAGGGUGUGCUGUUAUUUUGGCAACAAUGUAAAAAUGAUUCAAACAUUAUAUAACUUGGAUUUGGUUCUUAUAUGUUUUGCAAGGAGUGGUGUAUUUGUGUAUCAAAUCAUCAAAAGGGGCAUGUAAUGAAAAGUUCACUUUUUUAGCCAUUAAYUACAUUUUGUUGUGAACUCUAAUUCUCUAACAGUGCAGGAAAAGCUGCAAUGYUGUCUUUAUCUUCUGUUGAGUCAUAGUUUACAUGUUUUUUCUGAACUAUUAUGUCAAAUAUAAGGUCUGGACUUAC